AUGUUGACACCUGGAGUCGCUGCAGAUAAUGAAUCGAAUCCAUGUUUAAACGAGGAUUUCACAAUGCGGCGAAGUUUAUUUAGUCGGUUUUUAAUUUUUUCAAGAUCAUUCCAUUCGCAUUGCAGUCAUCGGUUGAUGAAUUCGAAACCCUACUGUUCAACAAAGUUCAACCGAUCCUUAUUCCCUGGAUUGUUCUUUUCAUUUACAUUUGGUGUACCUCUGUGUGUAUUACUUAACUAUGUAGUUUUGCCUUUAUCUCUUUUGAUUUCUAUUUUCUUGCUAUUCUUUGGUUUCUGGUUUUGUUUUCGAUUUUUAGAGCAUUUUAUAGUUUAUGCAUGUAAUGAACCAUCACCGUCUAAAUUCUUGUACACGAAUCCAUCAAGUUGUGGAUUUACUACAUGGGAACUAGUGAAAUUGUCCCCCGACGGGAAAAAUGGUCCAACAGUCAUUGGUAUUUUUCUUCUACAAUCGAAUUUAUGCAAUAGGAAAACUUGUCCAGUUGUGCUGCUUUUACACGGAAAUGCUGGCAACUCAACAUCUCGUCUACCAAUGUGUCAAGUUUUAGAAUCUCAUUUCCAGUGUAAUAUUUUCAUAUUAGACUAUCGAGGUUAUGGUCAAAGUACUGGUAGGCCAAGUGAAAAAGGACUUUAUGCUGAUGCUAAAUGUGCUAUGGACUAUUUAUCAUCACGAACGGAUAUCAAUACUGCGAAGAUAUUUUUAUUCGGUCGAUCAUUAGGUGGAGCUGUGGCUAUUCACUUAGCUUCAGAUCCUAAAUCAAGUGCAAAGAUAUGUGGUGUCAUCAUUGAGAAUACAUUUACUUCAAUAUCUGAGACUGCCAGUCAUAUUCUAAACAUUCCAUGGAAAUUACCAUCAUGGUUGUUUUCUAAUCAAUAUUCAUCUUUAAUUAAACUUCAAAAUUGCAGUAAGACAAGAAAAUCAGUUCUUCUGUAUCCACCGAUGCUACUUAUCUCCGGGGAACAGGACAAGAUUAUCCCGCCGAAAAUGAUGUGGAAGCUUGCUGAAGCUUAUGAAAACAUACUCUCUGAGAAGCAUAUGCUGAGUAGUCGAAGUUCUGAUGUUGUUAUGCAUCAUGACAAUUUUUCAAAGCGAAAUCCACUAUCCCAAGACCCAAGUACAUUUAUCAAUUCUGGGAUAGAUGGUCUUGUCAGUUUCCCCGAAGGUCAUCAUAAUGAUACAUGGUUUUGUAAUAAUUGGUCGGAUGUUAUUUUACGUUUUAUGGAGCAAUCCAACCUACGUAUCAGAAGUAGUGAGCCAAGUGAAAAUGAUUUCCACUUGUCUGUUUAAGUUCUCUGUGGGGAGUUUUUCUUAAAAAUAUUAAAAUAACGCUAUUUUUAUCAUUUUUGCUUCUAAUGAGAAUGUAGUCGUUUUUACAGAUUUUGUAAACUAAUGUUUUUAGAGCUGAAAUUGUUUUGUUUUUUUUGGUUUUCUUAAUUAUGAUUGGUGUUAUUCACCCCUAAUAUCAUUUUCACACACGAUUUUUAAAUACUUAUUGGUAACAAUCGAUUUAUUACGUGUGUAUCACUGUACAAAUUAAUGAAUCAAGCCAACAUUUCAAUUAUUUAUUUUACAAAAUACAGGCACAUUGCUUCGAGUUUGAUACAUGACUCUCAGGUACAGAAUAUUAGUCAUCGGCACCCACAAAGUAUCAAAGUGUAUAUCACUUAGGUAAAAGUUAACCGAUAUAUAAUCUGAUGAAUAUUUGUUCUAAGUUCGAUUACAGAUUAAUUUCAGUUAGAGAAACAUUGAAAACCAGGAAGAAGUGAACAGCUGCUUCACUCUAGUUUGGAGGUGAUCGGUAGUAUGCAUCCACUGGAGUUCGAACCCGCUGUCAGCGGGGUCUGCCAAGUCAGGUAGGAGAACUGUUGCUUGCCGGUGACAUCGACUGG